AUGGAAAAAGAAAAGGGUAAUUUUAAUUUGAAUGGAAUUUUGAAUUUAUCCAAAAAAACUAAGAGUACAAAUUUUGGUAGUGGCAGUUCAUUUAAUAGAGAAGAUUCAAAAUUAGUUUAUGAUAAUAAUCGAGACAGUUUAAAAUAUCAAGACGAUGAUCAAAUUAGUAAUUACACAAUUUAUGAUUAUUCCAAAAGAUUCUUUACUAUUUUAAAUUACAUUUUUUGUAUACUUGGAAUAAUUUGUGCUUGGGGAGCAAUAGAUUCGCUAGUCAUAAUAAUUUCAAAGGGGAAUCGUUAUGUUUCUUUGAGUUGUUACAUUUUAAUAAUUUUAAUUAGCAUUACAAUAAUAUCGUUAUACAUAAAAUUCGUUGAUAAAGAUUACAAACCAUAUGAUUUUUUUUAA